CUAUUACACUCUUUCUCCUAAAACCUUCUUCAUAUAAAGUGUGUCUAUAUAUAUAUAUAUAUAUAUAUAUAUCUAUAUAUGUAGAGCUGCUAACUCCAUUAAAACCCACAACUUAAUUUCUUCUCAGAACAUCUGCAAUAAUCCCCUCUCCUUCUCCCCCCCCGGCGGCAGACCCGAAAACUUCUCCAGCUAGCCAGCUGAAGAAAUCAUAAAUGGUAAAGGACAUGGAAUCGUUCCAAUCCCAGGAAGAGAAGCGACGGAAGAGGAUGAAGCUCGCAGCAUACAUCGGCGCCUUCGCAGUGUUCCAGGUUAUCGUCAUUCUGGUUUUUGCGCUGGUCGUGAUGAAAGUUAAGACCCCAAAGUUCAGGAUCGGGAACGGUGUCGAGAUCCAGUCCCUGAUGGCCGGUAACCAGUCCUCGCCCUCGUUCGACAUGAGCUUCACUGCGCCAAUCAGGAUCAAGAACACCAACUUCGGUCCCUACAAGUACGACCCCACCACUGUCAACUUCACCUACGGAGGGGUGCAGGUGGGGCAGGUGACGGUCCCGAAGAGCAAGGCCAACUUUAAGUCCACCAAGAAGGUCGAUGUGACCGUGUCCGUCAACUCCAAUGCCUUGACAAGCACUUCAGGGCUCGGGAGCGAGCUGAACUCUGGGGUGCUGACGCUGAACAGCCAGGGGAGGAUGAACGGGAAGGUGGAGCUGAUGCUCAUCUUCAAGAAGAAGAAGUCCACCAACAUGAACUGCACCAUGGCAAUUAACGUGGCUUCAAAGGCGCUCCAGUCCAUGACAUGCAAGUGAUAUUCGUUUCGAUCAGCUGGUCUUGUCUUGGGUGUUGUUGAAUAGCUUCUUGUAUUCCAGACAUUUUGAUUUCUUCGUUUUCUUAUGCAUUAAGUCGUAGAAAUUUGAUGUAAUAUCUUCUUGCGGUGAUUUAUUCUUUUUCGCCUUUUUUUCAUACUGUGAAUGUUUGAUGAAUUGUUGAGUGAUCCACUUGUAAUAUAUUAAUAUAAAUUAUAAUUUGAUAA